AUGGUGAGAUCGCUCUCCGCCCUCGCUCUUGUCGCCGGAUCUGUCUCCCUCGCCGCUGGCGCUGCUGCGCCUGUUACUCUCAACCUCAAUCCGGUCCAGGGCAGAUCUGGCGCUUAUCUUGAGGGUCUUCCUACCGCCGAGCGCGCUCGCGCAGCACUGCUCAAGACAAGAGGCCAGUCGGCGGCUACAACCGUUCCCGCGACACAGCUUGCCUACGUCCAGUACACGGCCUCCGUCGGUGUUGGCUCUCCCCCUACGUAUUACAAUAUUGUAAUCGACACUGGCAGUUCCAAUACUUUCGUCGGAACAGGGAAGACGUAUGUCCGUACGAGCACCAGCAUACCCACGGGCCAGGAGGUUAAUGUUACUUAUGGAACCGGGUAUUUCUCGGGCUACGAAUAUCUCGACCAGGUGACUAUUGCGCCAGGUUUCGUGAUCAACGAUCAAUCGAUUGGUGAUGCUCUGGAAUAUGCAGACUUUGAAGGUGUAGACGGCAUUAUUGGAGUUGGACCGACCAUUCUUACUGAGGGAACUCUGUAUCCCGACACCAACGCACUAAUUCCGACCGUCAUGGACAAUGCCCUCGAACAGGGUCUCAUUGAAUCGGAAAUACUGGGCGUAUACUUCGCUCCCGCGACGAAAUACAAUGACACCAAUGGUGCAAUCACACUCGGCGGCAUUGAUACGUCUCUGUACACCGGUGAGAUCACAUACACGCCAGUGACGAAGACACUGCCUGCCGGUUACUACUGGGGUAUCAACGUCACCAAAGCUACGUACGGCACCACGACUGUCAUUCCCGGCUCAUACGCUGGCAUCGUGGACACGGGCACCACUUUGAUCUACAUCGCCGACGACUGGUUCGCCACAUAUCAGGCGUCGAUCCCGGGGAGCUACGUCGACUACAACUACACUGGCUUGUUCGUCAUUCCAGAGUCCUCUGUUUCGUCCAUAAAGCCCUUCAACUUUACCAUUGGCGGCUCUGUCUUCUCGCUCGACGCCGCUGCGCAGCUCCUUCCCAAGGACCAGAACGUCGCGUGGGGCGCCGUCCCAGGCGUGCAGUACGGAUACCUCGGACCUAUCGGCGCGAACAGCGGCGAGGGACUGGACUUCAUCAUUGGCCAGAAGUUCAUGGAGAGAACAUACGCGGUGUUUGAUACGACGAACCAACGCGUUGGAUUCGCCUAUACUCAUGAAACGUUCAGCUCUGUGUAG